CAGUUAGAGUCAGAUCUUCCAACUAUAUCUCUAUAUAUCUCUGUGCCUUCAUCAUGGUUGCCGUUAUAGUCAAAGAAGACACAGUGGAAGUCUGACCUGAGGCCAGAGAGGGUUGGGCCUGCUGUCGACUGUCAGGGGAUAUAAGCCGUCUGUCUGUGUUCACACAUGAGCUACGGGACCUCUGAGGCAGUACGAGUUCUGAGAAAAGUUUCACACCUUCAUCUGAAAAGGUCUGAUGGCUGACAAGGAUUUGUCCAUCGGGGAGGAAGAGGAUGACAGAAACCUCAACUACAACCCUCCGGCCCAGAAGUCUUUGCAGGAGAUUCAGGAUUUGGACAAAGAUGACGAGAGCUUGGUCAAAUACAAGCAGACCCUGCUGGGGACGGGUCCAAUGACAGUGUCCUCUGGGCCUAACGUCCAGGUGACCAGACUGACCCUGUUGUGUGAUGAAGCUCCUGGACCAAUCUCCAUUGACCUGACAGGAGACCUGGACGCUCUGAAGAGGAAGAGCUUCACCUUAAAGGAAGGAGUGAGCUACAGACUAAAGAUACACUUUAAGGUGAACAGAGAAAUCGUUGCUGGCUUGAGGUACCAUCAUGUGGCCACCAGGAAAGGAAUAACAGUGGACAAGGUCUCGUACAUGGUGGGAAGUUACGGCCCACGGGCGGAGGAGCACGAGUUUCUGUCCCCGGCUGACGAGGCGCCCAAAGGCAUGAUAUCACGCGGCCAAUACCAGGUGAAGUCCCGCUUCAUCGACGACGACAAGAACGUCUACUUGGACUGGGUGUGGUGCUUCGACAUCAAGAAGGACUGGGAUGAAUAGAGGGAGAGAGCAAGAGGGAUGGCACUUCUCUUUUUCCCUUCUUUCACUCCAAUUUCUCACCUCCUCUUUCUCCUUCCCCUCUUUCACCCUGUUCCACCUGUGAGAGCAGCUUUGCAAUAGCUGAGACAGGAGGCUCUACUUCUCUUCUUCCUCCUCCAUCUUCUCCUCUUCUAAUCCUCCUAUCCUCUAAUGCAGGUCUCCUGAAACCCGUGAGCAAACUGGGACUUUUAGAGAAGAGAACCCCCACUGCCCCCCCCCUCUCUCUCACUUCCUUUUUAUCCCAUCCAUCCUGAGUUACCCACAUGAUGAAGCUUUUUGGAGGAAGAUUUCCCUUUCCUUUUAUGUUUUUGCUCCCUUUCUCUCAUCCUUGCUCCUCAUCCUAUUGUGUAUCCCUUCCUUCAUACAGCAGCAGUGGGUGGUCUGCAAUAGCAGGCAAUUAAAGGAAGUCAGUUUGAGGCACAAAGAGAAAUAUAAUAUAUACAGAUAACUUGUUACAGCUGAAGUGAAAUGCACACAUCAGCAAGCCGCAGAUGCUGCUGUUGUGGUUGUUUUCAGUAGCCUGUAAGAUCCGUUUAUGAUUAUUAAUAUUGUAAAGCCAUGAUAUACUGCAACGCUCUUCAGUGUGCUGAUGAGAUGAGAGAACAUGCACUGAGCGGUGUGCAGUGCGCUUACAAACAUUCAAUAUCUGUCAAACAGACUUUCCCAAAGAGAAGAGAUGAAAAAUAGAAAUAGAGUGCAUUUGGAUGCACAGCAGGAAAUCUGGAUUCACACGUCUGAGUACUUAAUAAAAAAGUUUACCAGUAAAAUGUCAACAAUUGAAAGAAUUUGAAGAGAUUGUCACAAGGAAGGUAACUGCUUUCCUCAGUCAAUCAGAUUGAAGGAACUUUUCUGCACAAUCCACGCUCCGACUGUCUCAAUACUGUGAGCUCCUUGUAACCUGCUCCCAAACAUCAGGCAUUGCUAAUUUUAUAAUUCCUUUGACAGAAAUCAGAGGAGCUUAUUAAACAUAUAAAGUUUAGAAUAUAUAAGGGAGGGGAAAAAGAUCCAAUUGGAGUUAGAUACAUUGAUAUUUUAUUUGCUUACCCCUCUUUCUGUUACAUCUUUCUUUACAGUUUUCUGGUUUUCAGGUUUUUUUUUAUGUAGUUCUUUAGUUAAAGUAUAUCUUUUUAUUCCACGCAUAAGGUAUUGAUUGAUUGGUUUGUUGAUUAAGGGAAGAGGUUUCACUUUGUUAUUUCAAGGAAGGCAUUCUUUUAAAAUCAUACUUUCUGUUACUUUCAUUUCAUGAUAAUAAUAAUUAAUGAUUUUUGUUGUUUUUACCCCUAAAUUCCAUGUUUCAUGAUUUUGCCUUUAAACAGUAAAAAAUCAAACACACAAAUAUUUUUUGUAAUUAGACAUAUGCAAAAAAACAACAACAACAACUGAGUAACAGUAUACAUCAACAACUGCAGUUUUGGUUUAAAUAAUGUUUUAGGAUCCUCCAGGAGAAUUAGCCUCUAAAUUAUCCAAACAUCAUUAUAAUAUUAUUAAUAUACUGGGAUGAAAAGAUUCACCUCUUCUCCCAAUGUGCACUACAUGCAUAAGAUCUUGGACUUGUGUUUUACCAACCUUUUGUAAGAAGUUGUGUUUGCUUUCAAAGCGCCAGUUUUCUCAAGUCUUUGUGGAGCUUUUUCAAAGAGCAGACCAAUGAAAGACUGUAACUGAACUGUGUAUAUUGUAGAAAGCGAUGCAUGUGUGUCCUUUAGGAUUUGAAGUCACUCAGUAAAAAUGAAGAAAAUUAGACCUUUCUAAACCUCUCUCGUAUACCAAGGACAUAAGAUGUGAAUAAAAUUCUGCUUUGAACUAAAAUUAAACGUUUUAAGAUGGUGGCUGGAACAUAAUGGAGUACUGUCAGAGAAGUAUAUCAAGGGAUGAAUUAAUUCCCCUUUAAAAAAAAUAAGAAAUAUCAUUAUUGUGUUAAGUCUUUGGAUAUGAUAUUGUCAUUGUUGCUGAACAUAUUGAACAUUGAAAUACCAUUUGAAAUCGUUGUGAUCUAAGACUUACUGUAAAUGUUGGCUUGUUGGGUGUUGCAUGGUUUAGCAAGAUUCUCUCUUCCUUUUUUACGACUUUAUUGUAAAAUUUAAUGUGAUUAAAAAAUAAAGGUACUGACGCAAUA